AUUUAUAGAACAAGACCUAACAUUACAUUUUAUCAAGACUCAAUAUUUUAAUAUUAUUUUAAUUUAAAAAAAUGAGUUCUAAUAUACAGUUUGAAGUAACAGCUCCAGGAAAAAUAAUCCUUUUUGGUGAACAUAGUGUUGUAUAUGGAAAACCAGCAAUCGCGUGUGCUAUUGAUCAACAUACUACAUUAACAUUUACUGAAAGUUAUUGUAAUAACCAAGAUUUGAAUACUAUACCAUGUCGCAUUAUUUUGCCACUCAUAAAUUAUUCAGGAAUGUUGACUAUUCAUUUGGAUACAAAACCAACAUUUUCACCUACUGCAUAUUUUCAAGAAACCUUAAAUAAAUUAAACAAAAACGAACCAUUUCUCAACGAAUUAGAUACAUUAUCUGGUAAUGAAAAAAAAACACUUACUGUUUUACAUUUUAUUUUUGGAGGAAUUCUGAAAUGCUAUAUGAAACAAUUGAAAAACAUUUCAUUCACUAUUGAAAUAACAUCUGUACUGAAGUUAGGUGCUGGAACUGGUAGCUCUGCAUCUUACUGUGUUUCUCUUGUAGCAGCUUGUUUGGCUUAUGUAAAGUUUAAAAUCAGUUCUAAUGUAGAAAUACAAUUUGAUCCAUUGUUGGAUGAUUUUCAUUCACAAAGUGGUGACAACCUGUUAAUUAUUGAGGCAUUUACUGACAACUUUACAUUCAGUGACGGGGAAAAAUGUUUGAUAAAUAGAUGGGCUUUAUUAGCAGAAAAUUUUAUUCAUACUAAAGCUUCAGGAUUAGAUAAUACUAUUUGCACUUAUGGAACAAUGGUUCAGUACACAAAACUUAAUAGCCAUAAAUUAUUGGAAGCUCCUGAACUAAAAAUUCUUUUGAUAUAUUCAGGUGUGGAAAGAUCUACUGGAAAUGUGGUGCAGAGUGUACGCACAAAAUACAAUGAUGACACGUAUCAACCAAUUCUUGAUGCCAUUUUUAACUCUAUAGGACAAAUCGUAAAUGCAGCAGUUAAUGCAAUUGAUCAAAUGGCUCAAAAUCCUUUACAAGAGCUUCAACAAAUAAGUGUUUUGCAAACUCUCAUGGAUAUGAAUCAAGGUUUGCUGAUGUCAUUGGGUGUAUCUCAUGAAACAUUAGAUGCUAUUGUGGCAAUAUUAAAAAAGUUUGAUCUUCAUGCAAAGUUAACUGGUGCUGGAAUGGGAGGAUAUGCUAUAUGUCUUGUUCCUCCUAAUAUUCAUAAGUCUAAAAUAGAAACAUGUAUGCAAGAAUUAAAAAUUUAUGGUUUUGAAUCUAAUAUAUGUACAAUUGGUUGUCCUGGAGUUAGAAUACAAACUAAAUAAAUUAAGAAAAGUGGCCUAAUAUUAUUUAUGUAGUAUGCAAUUUUGUUUAUAAACAAUUUA